AUGCAUUUAUGGGACUGCAAUCAGGCACGACGUUACUGUGGCAGUGAAACCAUCUUUUUUGGCAGGAGACGUUACGGUGUCCUGACCUUUCGCCUGACGCCGAUGCUUACCACGCAUGACUCUUUCGUUCAAGCAAUAAUAUGGUGUCUGCUGAAGGUUUAUGUCAAGGUUAACAAACUGAUCAUGCUGGACGUACCAUAUCGCACUGAGCUUCACCGUCGUCGUCAUAGAAUAUGGUGUCGCAGUCGUCCAUCCCUGCAGAUGAGUGCUCCCCUCACUCCUCAGCAGCGGCCGCCGGCGCCGUCAUCAACGUCGGCACACGGCCGGACCACCGGCCUCCGAACUUGCACUAAUUACCGAUACGGUUACACACCGACACCGACUCUAAGCUUCCACUAUCGUAGCGAAUUUAACGAUCGAAAUCUUCUGGAUAAUCCGUGCGCCUGUCCGUUCAGUUAG